CCUUAAAAUUUUGUUGUUUGGAACUAAAUAAUAUGACGUAUUAAAUUGCAAUCCAACUGAUAUAGGUAACCAUUAAAAUUAUCUAUAGUAAAAUUGAAACUAAUAGAGGAACUAGAACUUUCUCAGUAUUAUUGUUAAGUUCUAGGCUAUAGCAUUUUUUAUAAAAUGGUAGCUAGAACAGUUUAUUUUUCAAUUGUUCUAUUUUCGAUCUUACUUCAAAAACGUUGCGUUGAAGGAUAUAUACUAUCACAACAAAAUUUGAACGACAAUUUAUUCGAACAUGGAAAAUUACCAAUUGAAGAUCGUUCCAUGUUUGAUCAAAUGAAUGCUAUGGUUCGUUUACCAGGAGACCUAAAUAGAAGAGAUUUUAUAGCAAUGGUUAUGGAUGCAAUAAUUGUUUUACAGUUUCUACCUCUUCCCUGGGCAAUUCUACUGAUUUUGCAUACUACGUAUAAAGUAUGCAAAUUCUUUCAUCCUGCUUACUGGUUCUUGUUCCCAAGAAGUAAGCCAACAAAUAUAAAAGGACUAGGAUUUUCUAGAUUAUAAGAUAUCUUGUGGCAGAUGCUUUUCACAAUGUUAGAUAUUAUCAAUAUUUUAUGAAUAUUGGUUAUAUAUCAAAACAUAAUAAUAAAUAAAGAUUAAUUAAUGA